UUCACCUUGGGAUAUAUAAUAGUAGCCUACAAAUGGGGACUUUGCUUAUUUGCAUAAAGAUAAAGAACGGACCAAUGGCGUUAAACUUGUCUACCUGAGCAAAUCCUAGACAACUUCUAGCAACAGAUGACUUGCCUUAGAGCGGAAAGUCUUACAUAUAGCCCCUAGAGGAUAUUUGCGGACUAUGGUUUAAGUGUACACUAGAUGUUUCAUCAUGGCUUGUGGCGGGUUUGUUUGUUCCAAAACUUCUCUUUGUAUCUUAAACCUUAUUUAUGUGAUGGUCAGUCUUUUAAUGGCCGGUGUUGCAGCAUGGGGCAAAUGGUUUGGACUGGUCUCUAGUUUCAGGGUAAUGGCUGCUGUCAUCGCUGUUGGCUUGUUUCUGUUCGUCGUGGCCAUUAUGGGAUUGUGUGGAGCUGUGAAGCAUCAUCAAGUUCUCUUGUUUUUUUACAUGCUCAUUCUCUUCAUGGUAUUCAUUGUGCAGUUUUCAGUGUCAUGUGCCUGCUUGGCGAUUAAUAAAGAACAGCAGAAUCUUCUCCUGGAGACAGGAUGGAAUAAGUCUGAAUCAAUGCAGGAGGAUUUGGAAAGAUCGCUGGAUUGCUGUGGCUUCCUUCAAGUGAACUACAAUGAGAGCUGUGUUGCUGUCUGUUUCAAGAAUCAAACAUGUAGACCAUGUUCAGUUAUAAUCCAGGCCUACGCUGAUGACACUCUGCAGUUUGUUGGAGGAGUCAGUCUGUUUUUUCUGUUUUACAGAGGCCCUAAAACCCUGUUCUCACAGUUAAUGGAGUUGAUCAGAGGAAGAAGGCAGAUGCUUACUAGUAACGGAGUCAGUGGACAUCCCACCCUCAGACCUUGUGAUCUGUGGUCUGCCAUCAAAAACAGCUUCAACACGGAUCUAAACCGAAUCAAAGCCAGAAUUUUAUAA